AUGUCUUGGCAAGCCAGCAUUGCUACAAAUAACACUUCACUGGCCACAUUUGCCAUGAACUCUAGUAACCCCGUCAGGACCUACUCCACGCUGGUAGUAGUGGGCUUCUCUACACUAGCGGGCAUCUUCAGUCUGGUGGGCACCGUGGGCAAUGGACUGGUCAUCCUGGCCUACUGUAGUUACCGCAAAGUCCGGACUAGCGCAAACACCUUCAUCCUGAGCAUCAGCAUCAGUGACAUCCUGCUGACCGGUGUCCAGUACCCCACCAGGAUGGCCGCCAUGAUCACCGGGGCCCCGCCUCUCGGAGACGCCGUGUGUCAGAUCCUCGGCGCCCUGACGUUCUUCAGCGUCUACGUCUCCUUCUUCUCCGUCGUCUUGAUCGCUCUGAGUCGCUACGUGCGGAUCACCAAGUCCUUAGACACCUACAAGAAGCUGUUUCGACCUUCCAAGUCCUUCUUGUGGGUAUCUCUAUCCUGGGUUGUGAGCGGGCUGCUGGUUGCGCCCGGAUUUCUAGGCUAUGGUAAAUUCGGCUGGAAUACCCGAAACAGGCAAUGUGGUCUGGUCUAUCCACACCCGUACCAGCCGCACUACUUCUCCAACGUUUUUGGUGUAACUUGUUGGGUUACCCUUUGCCUUGCGGUCGCCAUUUUUCUGAAAAUCUACUUCGACGUGAAGAACUCUGUGAUGACACUGGUCGAGGCUAACCCUAACGAAUACCAGGACCAGCAUGUACCAAAGAGGCUGAUCAAACAAACAAAACACAUGUUCAUCUUCUUCUGUGCAUUAGCAAUUAGUGUUUCGCCACAUGCACUGUUGACCAGUAUAGAUGUACAUGCGAAGUUCAUGCCGACUGCGUUAAGAAUCAUGGUAAUCCUACUUUUUGGUCUAAACCAUGUCGUGAAUCCAUUUCUGUACGCCUGGAAAUUGACCAUAUUCAAGCGUGCCUUUAGUGCUCUCUUUCACUGCAAGCGCCGCCUGCCGUCUCAGCCUAGAGCUGCAGUGAACAGGCAUUAG